GUCAUGGGGAGAGCUUGGCAGCCUGGCUGAUGCUAAGAGCAUCUUUGAGCAUCUCUCCCUGGAAGGCAGGAAGGCAGUGAGAGGCAGGCAGCAGGCGCUGGGGCUUUGCAAAGGGGUUUGCAAAGGGUUGUUUCUCGGCUGGACACGAUCCUCGCCCACCCACCCACCCAGUCAGCGGAAGCGCAGGAGCAGCAGGAACCAUGACGCUGGCAGCUUACAAAGAAAAGAUGAAGGAGCUCCCGCUGGUGUCUCUCUUCUGCUCAUGUUUCCUCUCCGACCCUUUAAACAAACCGUCUUAUAAAUAUGAAGACACUGUGGACCUUACCUGGUGCGUCAUUUCUGACAUGGAGGUCAUUGAGCUCAACAAGCGGACCUCGGGCCAGUCUUUUGAGGUCAUCCUCAAGCCACCCUCCUUCGAUGGGAUCCCUGAAUUCAAUGCCUCCCUGCCCCGCCGCCGUGACCCCUCGCUGGAGGAGAUCCAGAAGAAGCUGGAAGCAGCUGAGGAGCGACGGAAGUACCAGGAAGCAGAGCUCCUGAAGCACCUGGCUGGCAAGAGGGAGCAUGAGCGAGAGGUCAUCCAGAAAGCCAUCGAGGAGAACAACAAUUUCAUCAAGACGGCCAAGGAGAGGCUGAUGCAGAGAAUGGAGUCCAACAAGGAGAACCGAGAGGCACACUUAGCAGCCAUGUUGGAACGCCUGCAGGAGAAGGACAAACAUGCUGAGGAGGUCCGGAAGAACAAGGAGCUAAAGGAAGAGGCCUCAAGGUAAAGAGGCCCCUGGACACGUGACUUUUGGACUGGGCGCUCCAAGGGAAGAUGGCGGCAGGUGGCAGCCGUGGCGGCAGCCGCCUUUGCGCAAAGUGUUGACUGAUGAUCGGGAUUGUCCUCUGCUUUCAUUGUUUGUGAAUGUAAAGAUUUGAGUGGUGAAGCCAUCUCGUGUGUUCCAGGGAGGGAGGGCAACAUAAGGGGAAGAGGACGCUGGGAGGAAGAAGCGUGCAUUUGGGGGGGGGGAGGGGAGGGGGCGGGGUGGGUGGCUAGACACCCUCCAGAAUGACAGGCCCGGUUUCUGUCAUUUCCCCGCACUGGUGGCGUUCAGUAAGGAACCCAGACUAACUGAGAGGGGUGCUAGGGAUGGCAGAUGAGGUGGGGAUGAUGUCAAGGCAGGGAGAGGGGAGGGGGUGGAGGUGGGGAAGUGGAAAAGUGGGUGAACUAAAUUUGGUGACAGGCCAAGGAGCAAGCAGAGGGAGGAAUGUCACCUCUGGGGUGAGUGUUGUCUUGUGCGUUGCGCCAUUAAUGUCGGUCCUUAGUGUGGAAAAAAAAAAAUCCCUCAUUUCUGUGUCUCCUUCAUCAUCGUUCAUCUUGUCUCUAACUUGCAGACAUUACAUGCCUGGCAUUGCUUCAGGGGUUCUUAGCGGUGAGUCAGUUGGCCUUUGACCCUUUCCGCUGGGGACGAUGGGAGCUCUAGUCCAAGCCCAGGUUGAGAACCCCUGACUUUACCGAAGGUGCAUGUGGUGGUAAUUUCAGAGCCACGGCCCUCUCUUUCAAAAAUAUUAAUAAAUAGCUUUUGCCAGAGAUUCAGUAUUGCCAGAUAUGAACAGAAUUCCCCUGACCCUCACAACUUUGAACUCAAACUCGAUAUGGCAAGCUCCCUAAAUGUGAUACAGAUAGCGGAAAUCGUUGCUGGGUCACUUUGCUUGCAAACCCUUGAGACGUACAAUUUUAUAGGCAGCGUUAUAAAUGAACGAGAACAUACAGAGAAAAUGCAGUCUAUAGGUGCACCUGAUUUCAAGCUAUACAGUAUAACCAGCAGCAGAGGUGGAACUGUUAGGAAUUGGCAUAAAUUCAGAUUGAAAUUCUUUUUCCUGGCUAGAACUCAAACCCCUUCCCCACCUGCCGUGUUCUCAGUUAGGAAAGCAGUUUGGGCCACACUGCAAUUCUGUGCUUGUUUACUCAGAAGUAAGUCCCACUGUGUUCAAUGGGCCUGACUCCCAGGUAAGUGUGCACAGAAUUGCAACCUUUUAUAUCUGUAAAAUGUAGGAUUUGGCAAGAUAUCUAAUAGGAUUCUUCCUUUAAAAUUGUCACUUUUAGACUUCCUUUAGAAGUUGUCUCUAAGGGUCCAGCUGGACAUAUUUGAAUCCUGGCGACUGGGUGGGCUACGGGGAAGCAGCUUCCGGAGGGGCUUUUGCCGAGCAGAGGCGUGGUGGGCGAGGGUUGCUUUUCAACCCUUUUCUUGCCUGCCAUUUCCCGGCUCCAUAGCAACUCCCCCAUUCCUGCCAGGCACAUGUUUACCAGCACCCAGUGGGGUUGCCCUGUGGGAGUAUGCAUGGCCAUGCGCUUGCAGAGCUCUGUUCACAUUUAAAUCUCUCCUAGGGUUGCCAUGUUCCCCGGAAUUGAGGGUAGCCCCUGGAUUUUGGCUGCUUCACUCGGCUGCUAAAUUCCACACGGAUUUACACGGAUUUCAAAUGCGCUGUCCGGAUUGCCCGGAUUUGACUCUGAAUCUGAUCACAUGGGAGGGCAGAGAAGGAGGGGAAAGUAUAUAAAUCUGUCAAACAAACAAACAAACAAACAAACAAACAAACAAACAAACAAACAAACAAAAUGCAAAUGAGUUGCCACAUAAUUUACAUAAUAUGCAAAUUAGGCCUCCUGGAUUUGGGAAGCUUGACUAGGGCAACCCUAAUCUCUCCUCUCCUGCUCUUCCUCCAAGGAGCCCAGAGCAGCGUACGCGGUUAUGUUUGUCCUCACGACAACCCCGUGAGGCAGGCUAGGCUGAGAGAGAAGUGACUGACCCAGAAACACCCCAUAGGCUGGUUCUCAUGACUGGCGACAGGGCAGGACAAGCGUCCUCCCAGCCAGGUUCAAGAGCCGGGAGUGCUCCUGUGUGUUCAUAAAAAGCAAGGCAGGAGGAGGGGAAAGGGGUCCCACUGGGAAGGAGGGCUCUGUCCCACCCAGCAGCUGCACCCAGCUGUUUCAUGAGGCAGGAGGGAAAGCCCUCCGCCCCAGGGGACCUGACAGACGAUCGCUUCCUUGCCCCGACCUCACGUUUUGCGAGCACCUGGUAGGAGGCUAGACUUGUCCUGCCCUAUUGCUGCUUGUGAGAACCCUCCUAAUGAGCUUCAAAGCUGAACGGGGAUUUGAACUCGAGUCAUCCCAGUGCCAGUCCAACACUCUAACCACCAGAUCACGCUGUCCAUGACCCUGAAACAUUACUGAAGCAGGCCUCUGAGCUCACAAGCUUCUAGGCUGCUGCCUGACCCUCAGGCAUGGAUCCUGACCUUGCCAGUCCACACAACUGAUCAGGCCCUCUGCCAGCCAGUGGAAGCUGUGGCUGGCGUCCUGCUUUGAUCCUGCCGAUGCCAGUCGCGUCUUUUUGCAUGGGCACGUGUGUGUGUGUGUGUCUUGCGAUGCAUUCUGAGGUCAAAAUAUAUUUUUUAAACAGCGGUGUAUGGCCUGAAGAUGGUGUCCCAGCAUCCUCUGUCAUGUUAAAGGGGUCCUGGGGCGCUCUUCUCAGACUGUGCAGCUGCUUAGGUUUUGCAAAGUGGCUUGCGCUUACUCUGUCUCGGCUUCGGAACAUGCAAAGUAAUAGCACGGAACAGAAUGCAUUGGAGUGUGUGCAGAGUGCAUUUCCUAAUCAUUAACUUAAUGAUGCAACACUAACUAGAGGUACCUAAGAUUGACAUGAAGGAUUCAGGAAAUGCACAUUUCAGCUGGUGCUGGAAUAUGCAAGCUUUUGAGUCCCACAAGACACUUCAUCAGCCAGGAGGAGGGGCCACUGCCCACACAGCAGGAGGCAAACCUGGGUUUCCCAUGGCUUCUGUACCCAUGGCAGGGAGCACAGUUCAGUGCUAUGGAAAGCCCACAUUUGCCUCCCCGGCACAUUUGAGGAUGUCGAUCAAGUAGGCAUGCCAGAAACAGACCACGUGAAGGCAGAAGCUUAAAUGACAGGAACCUGGGAUCCCUCAAGCCAAGACGCUUCGACAGGAGAAGAGAAAUGAGGGUAACCAAGCAGGACAGGCACGAGGCAGGGCCUGUGGGUGGGUGGGUGGGUGGGAUGAUGGUGCAGGUGUGGUUGGGCUGCGGCAAAGAGGGGCGUCUCAACCUCCUGGGAUGGGCUUCUCCAGCUACAAGGCUCUGACAUGCACCAUCUUGACUGCAGGUCCCACUUGGGCCUUCUGGCUCCCCAGCAUCCGGAUGAGGCAUCUAGGCGGCUGAUUAAACGAGGAGGGGCAGAGUGCGAGGGGGGCGACCCUGGGGAGGGUCCCAAUGAGGGCCGUUCGUCCCCCGGUGGCUCCUCCUUGACAUGAAAACGCUGCGCUCCAGCGGUGAACAAGAGGGAGAGGGGAAGGGGCUGGGUCGCUGUUCCAGUGAUGGCAAGGAACGGUCCUCUCUGUUUUUGUACACGAUGGAUGCAAAUAAAACUGCUGGCAUUCCUUUUUCUUUCUGA